UUCGCGUGGCGCGACGCGGCGCGGCUUUGAACGGCUUUGAGCGUCCUUGUCAACGUCCGGACACGGAGGUGAGGACAAGUCCUGUUGACGGCAAAGCGAAACGGUCUCCGUCUCGACGAUGCCGAGACGUCGGGUAUUCGUCGGGCACUCGGUCGAGAUCGGAACGCCGGUGUCACGGCGGCGCCCGCUGAAAUCACGGUCGGAUCUUCUUUCAAUGGGAAGCCGCUGAGAAGAAAUCCAAAUCCGCUUGUUUCGCAUUUACGUUAUAUACCCACGACAUUAUAAAUAACGUGAUUCGUAACGGAUGGGAGGGGUAGGAAUUAAAACGCGAGACUUUCCUACAUCCUGAUGAAAGCUCGCUCUCGAAAGCGGAUUACCGAGAUGCCGAUAUACGCGCGGAUGAGGUCGUGCAGAUUAUCCGAACAAUGAUCUUCAAUUAAAGUGCGCGUCUUCUGAUCGGUCCAAGCGUUCACACUUUCGAGUGGGAAUCGGUCCAUGUUCCAAGACUUUCAAGGAUAGCUACUAUAUAUGAUGAUGAAAUUAAUCCGCGAGUGCGAAUGGUGUCGUCUUGCGUUAUUAAAUCUUUCGUUACGUUCAUGGAAAUGUCCAAGGAUCGUGCACCACAAGGCGCACCAAGUUGAAGUAAAGUUCGCGAUAUGGAUUCACGUGGAUAAUUUGUAUCUUUCCGUCACGUAAUCAAUACUAAUUGUAAUAAUUGACAUCCAUCGAUGACCGCCGAUUUGACGAUGCAAUCGCAACAUCACGAGCAACGGCGCGAAAUCGCCGCCGAUAAUUGCUGCUACCAGCAAUGGUCGGCGCAUCAUUAUCACCAUCAUCAUCAUCAUCAUCACCAGCAGCAGCAGCAACAGCAACAGCAGCAUCUGCUCGCUGUACCGUCGCCCAUGCAACAAAUGGAAGCCUGUUUGCAAAGCGCCGGAAGAGUAAAGAGAUCUCGCAGUCCCAGUCAUCCGAUGAAGGCCAUUUUGCCGAUUCAUUCGGCGAAUCCGAUUUCCCCACGAUCCGCCACGAUGGAAUCGCGCAACGAUAGCAACAAUAACAAUAGUCAUCACGGUGAUCAUCAUCCGAGCGAGGACGGGUCCUCCGUGGAGGAAUCGAGCGCGAAACGGCCGCUCCAUCCGGCGCUGCUCGGUGCUGGCGCCGUUCUGGAGGCGAAGCCACUCUGGGAGGAAUUCCAUCAGCUGGGCACCGAGAUGAUUGUUACGAAAGCCGGACGAAGAAUGUUCCCCACGUUUCAGUGUCGACUGUUCGGCUUAGACCCCAACACCGAGUAUCUGAUGGUGAUGGAUUUCGUCCCGUGCGACGACAAGAGGUAUCGAUAUGCUUUCCACAGCAGUGCCUGGGUCGUAGCCGGUCGAGCUGAUCCCAUAUCACCCCCCAGGAUCCACGUGCAUCCCGAUAGUCCUGCGAGUGGCGCUCAUUGGAUGAAGCAGCCAAUUUCCUUCGACAAGUUGAAAUUGACCAACAAUCAGCUUGACGAUAACGGACACAUUAUCCUGAACUCGAUGCACCGUUAUCAGCCGCGCUGUCACGUGGUGGUCGCUCCUUCGCCACCAGGCUCGGCGCCGGAUCCUCGCACGGAGAACUUCAAGACGUUUUCCUUUCCAGAGACUAGAUUCACCGCGGUCACCGCGUACCAGAACCAUCGGAUAACGCAGCUCAAGAUUGCCAGUAAUCCGUUCGCCAAGGGUUUUCGGGAUUGCGAAUCGGACGAGUGCGACGGCGUGGCGGCCGUCGCCGUCGGUGGGAUGUCGAAUCCUGCGAAAAGGCCGGCCACAGGACCCACGAGUACCGCGAGUACCAUAAAUACCGUUCUCCCAUCCGGUUACAACGCCAUGCCGAUUCCGGCGCCGAUGCAGAUUCCGGGUGUACCCGCCGCCUCUCAGGAACACCAUCAGUUCUACGGCGCAACGGGCACAGGUAGCCAUUGGACGCAUUAUCCGAGCCAUCAUGGACAGUCAUCGGCGCACGUCAACACGGUUCAUUAUCCGAUGCAUUCGCAGCAUCCGCAUUCGAGCGCGUCUCUCUACGGACCGCGAUAAUCAUCAAUUUGACCGCGCCCGCGCCGGUGCGGUUCUCAUCAAUCUCGUCAUUUCUACUUUCGGCGUCUAGUUAAUGUCGAAUCAUCGAGAACAGUUAAUUCGUACACGCUUAGAAAACGCUUAGAAAACGCUUAGAUGGAGACGAAAAUGAAACGUUCGCGCUUAGUAUUCCGAUACUUUUCGAACGUUACUGUUUAUGUAUAGUUUUGAUGUAUUUUACAUCUCGGUCCGACACUUUCUUACAAUUAGUGCAAUGGAACGCAAGAAUCUCGACGAUUGCUUCUUGAAACGUGUUGACGUAACUUUAGACUUGCAGAUGUAUUUUUUUAAAAACACGCGCGCGAAACAACUUUUGUUGCGCGAUCUCUUAUAAAGGACAAGACUUAAAAAACAGUAGAUUAUCAAAAUACUGCAUAUAUGUAUUUACAUAUAUUCGCAACGUUCGCAGCCGAAUUUCUCUUACAAAUCUAUCGAAAGAAUCAGGUCGCGUAAAAUUAUUUCAAUUAUUUCAAAGGAUGUGAACAUUUUACGCGCACAUCUACAUUUAUAUAUUUCUGCGUGUAACGGCAGUUUUUUA